GCCAUAUUCACACUAUCGAUAAGAUUAUCUAGCUUGUGCACCCGACAUAAUUCUACAAUACAUUCAUUCAUUCGAUCGCGUCUUCUCUCUAUCUCUCCUGUCUCCCUAUCUAUUUCGCGUCAGGAAUUCGGCUGAAUCUGGGAGAAGCAUUACAUCGGCUCAUUUUUUUGUUUAUUUAGUCACUCGUUUGGAUUGAAACCGGCGUUGGAUUUUAUCAUUAAUGAGCUCAUCAAAUUCCUCCAUUCCUUCUCUACUUCAAUACACCCAACGUCACAAUGGUGGAAUGUCCGGUUUGCGGUAAGCAAGUCCAAGGAUUGAAGAUCAACGAUCACCUCGAUUCAGGAUGCCAGACUUUUGUAAUUGAUCCUUCAUCCAUAUCAUCGUCUCCGAAUAUGCCUCCUACCCAAGGAAAUGGUACCACAUCGUCACAAAAACGGCCAGCGUCGAGCUUUUUCUCAACCCCUUCAGCCAAGCGACAACCGACGACCGCGAAAGUUCUUACGCCCAUAAUCAACGGUACGACGACAGGGACGCCCAAAUUAAAUGGAGGUCAGAAACGUUCUUUCGAGGAGGGACCAGGAGAAAAUUCGCCAAUUCGCGAUGCGAACGGCAAGACAGAAGAUGUAGUCCCUGCAGAGACGGGACCUAUAGUGAAGAGGACCAAAAUGAGUAAAGCAGCACCACUCGCCGAGCGAAUGCGACCUCGGAAUUUCGACGAUGUAUUUGGCCAAGAUUUAGUCGGUCCCCACGGUGUCCUACGAUCGCUAAUCGAAUCGGAUCGAGUGCCGUCCAUGAUUCUCUGGGGCGCAUCGGGUACAGGCAAGACUACGAUCGCACGAUGUAUAGCAAAUAUGGUCGGUUCUCGGUUUAUUGAGAUGAAUGCGACAAGUUCGGGUGUGGCGGAAUGCAAGAAGAUAUUUAGCGAGGCGGCCCACGAAUCACAAUUGACCGGCCGAAAAACGAUAAUAUUUUGCGACGAGAUUCACCGUUUCUCAAAAUCGCAACAGGACGUAUUCCUAAAGCCCGUCGAAGCAGGCACGAUUACACUAAUCGGUGCGACAACUGAGAACCCAAGCUUCAAGGUUGUCAAUGCGCUGUUGUCAAGGUGUCGAACUUUCACCCUACAGAAACUAACUACGACCGAUGUCCAGCGUGUUCUGUCUCGGGCAUUACAGGCAGAGCUUGCCACUACUUCAACACCACAAUCCCCCCUCCUCGAUGAAGAAUUAAUGAGUUACCUCGCCAAUUUUGCCGAUGGUGACGCACGAACAGCACUUAAUCUACUAGAACUUGCCAUGUCUUUAGUGAAUAAAGAAGGCAUGACGAAAGAAACAAUGAAGGCUUCUUUAACGAAAACAUUAGUAUAUGAUCGGGCGGGCGACCAACAUUACGAUACGAUUUCAGCUUUCCAUAAGUCAGUCCGCGGUUCGGAUGCAGACGCUGCAUUAUAUUACCUAGCUCGGAUGCUCCAAUCUGGAGAAGAUCCCCUCUUCAUCGCCCGACGAAUGGUCGUAAUAGCGUCCGAAGAUGUCGGCCUAGCGGAUAGCUCUCUCCUCAGUUUAGCGACCUCAACUUUUACCGCUACGCAACAGAUCGGAAUGCCAGAAGCCCGAAUACCCUUAGCCCACUGCGCAGUAGCGCUUUCACUUGCACCAAAGAGCACACGUGCCUACAGAGGGUUGAAUAAUGCCUUUGCGGCCCUAAAGGAGCCAGGUGUGGCCGCCUUACCAGUACCUAUUCACCUACGAAACGCGCCGACGAGGUUGAUGCGAGAGCUUAGGUAUGGACGAGAGUAUAAAUACAACCCCAAUUACAAAGACGGCAAAGUGAAGCAGGAUUACCUCCCAGAUGCGUUACUUGGCCGAUCAUUUUUAGAGGACCGAGAUUUGGGUACCGAGGUUGACCCAGAUUUAGUUAUGGAGGAUGCUUGAUACCCAAGAUAGCAGGAACAGGAAUUGUAUAGCGGUUUAUUUUCGAUAUUCGGAACUAGAUGCCGCCAGAAUGCACCACGAUAGCUGUAUACGUCGCGGAUUAGCAAGCAGGAUAGCUUUGCACGCGAUGCUAGGCCAGGAUGAAUACCUAGGUAUUAUAACCCCCAAC